CUGCCACGCGAAGUUGACUCGGCCCUGCCCUGAAGUCAGCUCUAAUUUUCUCGACUUGCUGAACGUGCUUCAAACCAUCCAUCGAUCCCAGACCCUCAUCCUCCCUCUCUUUUACUCCUCCUUCUCCUCGCCGUACCAUGUCUGUCGAUCUCGCAAAGCUCAACUCCCACUUGUCGACCAGGUCAUACGUUGAGGGCUACACGCCCUCGCAGGCCGACGUGCACGUCUACAAGGCGAUCACCUCUGCUCCUGACGCGUCUGCUUCCCCCGCUGUCGCGCGCUGGUACAACCACAUCAAGUCCUACACUGCCGAGUUUGAGUCGUUCUCCGGCUCCAGCAAGGCCGGCGAGGCGUUCUUCGGUGGUGCUGAGGCCGCCAAGGAGGCUGCUGCUGAGGACGACGAUGAAGUCGACCUCUUCGGCUCCGACGAUGAGGAGGAGGAUGCGGAGGCAGAGCGCAUCAAGGCAGAGCGUGUCGCCGCGUACAACGUGAAGAAGGCCGCGAAGCCCAAGACGAUUGCCAAGUCUGUUGUCACCUUCGAGGUGAAGCCUUGGGAUGAUGAGACCGACAUGGUGAAGCUCGAAGAGGCGGUACGCGCCAUCGAGAUGGAGGGUCUCGUCUGGGGUGCGAGCAAGCUCGUCCCGAUUGGUUACGGUAUCAGGAAGCUCCAGGUCACCCUCGUCGUUGAGGACGAGUUGGUCUCCCUCGAAGACCUCCAGGACAAGGUUGCUGAGUUAGAAGACUAUGUCCAGAGCUCCGACGUUGUCGCCAUGCAGAAGCUAUAAGCGGUCACACACUGUAUCCGUGUUUUCCUCUGUAUCUUGGGUGUCGUGUUCUAUGAAGGUUACCAGUAGUUGUGUGUACGGAUCUUACGAGAAGUUUAGAAUGCAAAUGUGCUUGUAGUUGUCACAUCGUUUCUCACUGCGCCGGCCUCGAGCUCGAACUACCACGACAAUUCCGCGUUUGGUUCACUCACUGCACGGGCAGUGGGCAUCGCUUCAGAAAGCUUAUUGAGUCUUCCGAUAUCAGUCGCUAAUUUCACCAUGGGAUGCUU